UGGAGAGACACUCAGGCGACACUCACAUCAGAGAAGUCUUCAAAAACAAACUUUUGUUGCAACUUCUUGUAUUUUCCCAACUGUGGAUGCAAGACCUACUUUUGCUUUUCUUAUUUCCUCCAGAAGUCAAGUUUAUUUCCACAGAGAGCUGCAAUGCUUCCAUUCUACCUCUUGACUUUUGCUGCCACCAUCCAAGCCUACAUCCAGCUGUUGCCAGGCUCCUGCAACUUUGAAUCCAACACCUGCGGAUACACGUCAGAUACCGACUUUAUGAGGUGGACCCUGCACAAAGAUGGCCGUUUUGUCGCCGUGGAUGGAGGCUUGACUGAAGACCAGAGCUAUGAGACAGGUGCAGGUGACCGACCGCAGAGAGAGAUCAUAGGGGUCCUGCUGAGUCCACCUCUGGACCAGGGCGAGUGGAGCUGCCUGAGGCUCGUCUACCAGAUCAUAGGGUCAGGAAGCCUGGAGGUCCUGCAGCGUAUGGAAGGAAGGAGCUUUGACAGGCCGCUGUGGAGCAGCCAGGCGCCCUCUGACAGCUGGGUCAUCUCAAGCAUGGACCUGCACAACAAUACUGAGCCUUACAGGGUUGUCAUCGAAGGUAAACCUGGACAGAGUGAUGGGAGCAGCGUGGCUAUCUUUGAGAUCCACAUCAGCCCUGGAUACUGCCUGGACUGUGAUUUUGAGGAGUCUCAUCUGUGUGGAUACAGUAACCAGUGGAACGCCAAUGUAAACUGGUAUGUGGGAGGAGGUGGGGCCCAGCUCCUUCACAACACCAUGCCAAAUGACCACACAUACAACAACAGCACGGGUCACAUCAUGUACGUGGACUCCAUCUACGCCAAGACCUUCAAAGAAGUGGCCAAACUGGUGUCUCCUAUGACUACGGUGCCGAUGUCCGGCUGCCUGAAUUUUCAGUACCAGCGGAGCAGGGAGGGAGGGAACCUGUUCUCUGUUUUCACCCGGGACCGACUGGGCCAGUACCAGGAGCUGUGGAGGGCGGGGUCAGAAAACCAGAGUGAAUGGAGUGAGAUGCUUGGAGAGUGGAUACCUGUGCAGGUGGACCUGAAGGCACCAUACUCUGUGCAGGUGGUCUUUGAAGUAGCAUUUAACAGUCCAAGAGGCGGACGAGUUGCACUUGAUGAUAUUUCCUUUUCUCCAGAGUUUUGCAGCACAGACACUGAGCCGACCUUCGACCCCUCCAUCGCCAACUGUGAUUUUGAGGCAGGUUUGUGCCAGUACACCCAGGACCAGGUGAUGGGGUCGUCGUGGAGGAGAGUGUCUGUGAAGCCCAACAUAUUCAGGAAUGGAGACCAUACCACAGGAGCAGGGUCUUUCCUGUUGGCUCACUCAUGGCUGAGCCCACGCAGCGGCUACAUGAGCCGCCUGAUCAGUCCAACUCUCCCUGGGAACAUGAAGUACUGCCUGAGAUUUUACUUUUCUCUGAGGGGUUACAACCAGACGGACCAGGCUCUGGCUGUGUAUCUGCAGCAGAGCAGCAGCCAGGAGAAGAUCUGGACUCAGGGGGAGAGGUCCAGAGGAAUCUGGAUCGCAACGGACAUCACCUUCCAAACAUCGCAGCCUGCCAAGGUGGUUUUCAUCAGCACCUGCAGGAGCUUUUGGGACUGCGGCUCCGUGGCUCUGGAUGACAUCAGCGUGAGCCUCGGGGACUGUGAGCUGACAGCAGGUUUGCUGUCGUCUCCUCUGCCUGGACACUGUGACUUUGAAGCAGGACUGUGCGGUUACACUCAGGACAAGCACACUGAUGCUGGUGACUGGGAGUGGAGGAGAGGACCCACACCCACCUCCUACACAGGUCCCAGAGGGGACCACACCACGGGACUCGGAUACUACCUGCACAUGGAGGCGUCACCCAUGCUGCCCGGUCAGAGUGUCCGGCUGCUGUCCCGCCCUCUGAGGGGCUCGAGGGGGCCUCAGUGCCUGCGCUUCUACUACCAUAUGUACGGCUCCAGCACGGGCCAGCUAAGCGUUCACCUCGACAAGGAUGGAGAGGACGUGUUGCUGUGGCAACGCAGUGGCGAGCAGAGCAUUGCCUGGCUGAGGGCCAGAGUAGAGUAUCAGUGUGACAGCCAGCAUCAGAUUGUGUUUGAAGCAACCAGGGGUUCAUCAGUGAGAAGUGACAUCGCCAUUGAUGACAUUGUCUUUGAAGGUGGACCUUGCCCAGAAAACGAGAUUCGGGCCACCGUGGGAACCUCCAAUGAGAUUGAGUAGAGGGGAAGAGGAGAGCCGCUGUGUAGGAUGCAUGAACAUUGUUAUUUUUGCACAUUACAAACCAAAGCAUUGUCCACUCCUGACUCCUACAUGUCAAUCUGAACUUGUAGGAAUGAAUUAUGGGUAAAACUUUUCAUGUAGUUCUACUUUCAUGGAGCAACACAUAUCAGUUGUGUCAUAGUCAGCAUUUCUCUCUGCACUGUAGCAACAGAGAGUGUUAAACUGUGUUUGUCUUCACAUUUAUAUGCAUUAGAUUAAUGCUCAUCGCUCAAAUAAAG